AUGGCUAUUUCAUUCGCCCAAGGUAAGUUUACUUUAGUUUAACCUGUCACUGUAGAUCGAGGGUAAAGAAUUAUUUACUAAUGUAAGUAGAGUUUGGUUGAUUCUCUCCUGUGCUUUGAGGGUUUUCCCCCAAGCUACUACUUGGGUUUUCUUCCUCAACAAAAACUAAUCCUUAGUCCUAUAGUUGUCAAACACGUGUAUCAUGAGCCUCAGGCUCGGGUGAAUUGGGAAACGAUACCUUGUCUCUGUGUUUGAUGACGAUGUCGAUGAUUAUGAUAAUCAUGUUGAUGCAUAACUGCUAAAAAACGAAAUUCAGGUCAACCACCACAAAUAAAUGUGUGUCCAACGAAAAGUAUUACAAUGGCAUAUAUAAUAGACAUGCAUGUUUCAAAUGGAUAAACCGAUAUAUAACGAACAAGAAAUUGAAGACCUUGUCAUGCUGAAAAUCCAACUCAACUUGGGGAAGCUAAUAUGAAGUACUUGGGCGAAAAUUGUAUACAUAUUUUAGAUCUAACUGGGAGCAGCUGUGGUAAAUGCAGCUACUACAGACCAUGUGACAGGAAUCGAACCUGCAGCCCUGUGAUUCUGGUGCGGUACUCUGACCACUGAGUUAUAGAGUCCAUUGUCAUUUCAUAUGAUAGUAAAAACACGACAAGACAAAUUGUGUUUCUAUACAAUCAUUAAAUUGCAAGCGUUUGUUUGGCUGUCGUCCUCACGUUGCCGUCGUCCAUAUAUAAGCUCGACUCUAAUUGGAGUGCUGUAAAUUGUUGGAUAUAGCAGCUGGUAAUGUUGCUGCGAACUGUGCUAGAAAACGUUCAAUCUUGAAAUGUUGGUACUACUCAGGUUUAAGUGAACGAAAUAAUGCUCAAAAAGUCAAAUUCAUUCACCACCCAUUAUUUCGAUACUCCAUACUAGUGUCUUCAUCGUGAGUGAUCUUAAAUAAAAAAACUAGCUGCAUAUCCUUGAUAGUGAUACUUGACUGGUUUAUGGAAAAUUGGAAACGUUAGAUUGUGAAUGUAAUUUUUUGGGAAUUAAAAUUAUUUGUUAUGCCUGGUGGAUAUGAGCUCGUAUACUUUAAAUUCAAAGCCUGAGUAGUACCUGAUAUAUUUUCAGUGGAACAAAUGUACUUGUGGUCUUGACUUUCAAAUAUUUCUUUGUCUAGACAAAUUUUCCUGCAACUUUGAAGAUCCUAACAGUUGCCGAUGGACUCAAGAUCCCGGUGAUGAUUUCGAUUGGACCAGAAAUCAAGGAUAUGCACGUUCAUAUUUCAGUGGUCCAAUUACAGAUCAUACCAAGGGUUUGGGUAAGUGUUAUAUUCUGUCAGCUGACACCAUCACCUGCACUAUCAUCACCAUCAUUCACCAUCAUUUACCAAGUCUGAAUGCGAAACAUAACAUCACUAUUGCUGAAUUGGAUUUGGAAAUUACAAUUUUUACAGCUUCGCUGCAUAAAGAACAAGAGAAAGUAGUUUCUCAUUCUGUUCGUAUUGCUGAGAUUGAGAAACAAAUUCAAAAUUUUAUAGCAGAUAACAAUAGACAGACUGUUCAAACUGUACAUGGAAAAGUAGCCAUUAAUAUGUCGAGUCCAGAAUAUAAAUUACCAACUAACAAUGCGGAUAAAAGCAAUCAAAUUGAGGGUGUGACUUUAAACUUACAAAAAUUCCGUGUGGGAUCAAAUAUAUCUGUUGUUGAUCUUGGUCAUUUGGUAAACAGCGAAAGUUUGAAUAAUUAUUCUAAUAUAUCAAACACAAAGGAGAAUACUCUAUUAAAUAACCUCAACUAUGAAGACAACGAAUGCAUUGUCAUUGACAAUAGCACAAUCCUGCAUGAAGCCCAGUGA